AUGCGGUGUUUACAUGAAUAUUGUACAGUUACAGCGAAGAUUCGAAGCCUGUACGACUUCCAGCUUCGCCUGAUGCACAACAUACAACCGUUGCCAUCCGGCACUGAAGUCGCCAACACCGUCAAGUACUUCUCGCAAACACUCCUCAGAGUGCUCAUAGAUGUCCCUCGAUCUCCGUUGGAAAUGAUGAGAGAUGCUGACAGCGAUGCGGACCGGAUGGCCUUGUACCCCAACCUGGACUACAAAGGGCUGUUUACCUCCAUCUCUCAGUUGGUGGAUGCUGCCCCCCACCUGCAGUAUGGGAUCCAAUGUAAGUGA